AUGAAGAUUCCAAUCGCCUACGUUGCCCUUCUCGGGCUGCCCCUGCCCCGCUCAUACCUAGCCGCUGUUGGCCAGGGUCCCAAGUAUCAGGAGACCAAGCCGGGCGGCCAAAUACUCCAGGCGGCAGUAGAUGGCAUCAAGGACUGGGGACUGGCCGGCGUGCCCAAGCGGAAGACCAAAAGCUCCGGUGACGUCAUCAAGGGUCUUCCAGGGUCCGUGAACGAUGGAGCCAAGUCCAAGUCCAAGAGCGAGAUGACAAGGCUGAACAAGAACGGAGGCAACCUCGGGGGGAACACGAAGAAGGAACACAACUCGUGGACCAAGGGCGGACUUUGCAGGCGCGACGGCGCAUGCCUGUACAGGUCGCGCAAAAUGCAGCUGAGACCCGGGACGCGGGCCGGGUCGGCCGUCGUCGCCGGGAUACUGGGGUCCGUUGCAAGACCACUGCUCCAGGCGCUCAUUGAGUGGGAUCACCCCAUCGGCCAUGCCGUGAAGUGGUUUGACGACAAUAUCGCAGAGCUCCAGCAGGCGAUUGGUGGCAAGCCGGUCCCUGAGAUUUCUGGAAACGAGCUGCACUUGGGCAUCCUCUGCUGGUUGCGAGGGGAGCAAGAGCACGAAAAUGCCGUCGACAAGGCGUGCAAGCGGCAAAAUCAGAAGGAGGAAAAAGAGGAGCAGAGCCGGGGGACGCCCGAGGAGCAAUGGCUCACCGGGGUCAACCAGCUUCUCGACGGUUGUUCCGCGCUUGAGACGGACUAUCCCGAGGACCAAGGUCGUCGGGCGGACCUGGAAAACGGCUGUUCCGAGUUCGAAAACGCCGUCUACAGGCUGGAAAACUGCAACUGCCAUCUGGGAUUGCCACAACCUGAUUCCCGCUGCUAUGGCCUUUGUCGCGAUCUCAUCAUUAGUGAGAGCUAUCCUCUCUGCCUCGCGGUGAUGAGAGAAUCUCACCCCAAUGAGGACUACCAGAAACAUCUGGUAAAGAAAAACUGCCCCCCGGAGGUCUGCGACAGGAUCAAGGACAGCCCCGAUCUCGACGAGGAGCUUCGCAAAGCUCUAGUAGAGCUGAACUGCCCUCCGCCCCCGCCGCCAAAGCCGACCCCCGGGCCCCCAGAGCCCCCAGGCCCGUCCCGUCAGUGCUUCUCCUCGGGCAUCUCGGUCCCCUGCGGAGGCGGGCAGUCGCCAGACGAGCUGGAGACGGGGGUUCUCGCCUGUCAGAUCUGCGGCGAUUCCUGGGACGAGGAAGAGGGGAGAUGUACCAACAAGCAGGGGGUCCGCAUCUGGCCGCCAAGUAACAACACCCAGAGGCCCCAGUGUUCUGACUGGGACGAAUGGCCCGAGGGCGUCUCGUGCGGAGGCGGGCAGACGCAGGCGGAGCUCAACAAGGGAUAUGCCGUCUGCAGCGCUUGCGAGUUCAAGUGGGAGAUGGAGGUCGGGGGAUGCAGGGGCAACCGAGACAAGUACAUCUGGCCGCGGAGCGCGGAGAAGCCCCAGGAAGCAGAGCACUCGCACGAGGGGGAAUCGAGCGCACUCUUGCCCCAUGACGAGGCGGACAAGCUGACGAGAUAUGCCGGCGCCAUCAAGAAACUGCUACUCGCGACGUCUGACGCUUCCAAAUGCUACGAUGACUACCUGAAGCGUGGCGACAACGCUAUCGCGAGAGGAGACGGUCUCGAGCAGUGCCAUGAAAAGUACUCCACGGCCCGGCUGCGGCUCCGAGACGCCCGCGAGCUCAGGGAGCAGCAUGGUUUUCCUUCAAGCCACAUAUGGGAGCAGGGUUUACCAGACGUGGAUGAUGAUCGCCGAACCCAUCAAGGGUUUGAGACAAAGGAGCUGCAGGACAUUGUUGAGAAGUUGAAAAAGGUUGCCGACGAAACAGCCAAUCAUCAUGGGCAGAUAAAGAAGCUGCGGCAGCAGCAGCAGUAG